ACAGGAUACUGGUAAGACUGGAGUUACAGCGUCACAGAUCCUCAUAUGAGGCAAAAUACAACAUGCUUUUUGCGAAAUACAAAGACAUGAAAUAAUGGAUGAAAUAACUGCAAAUAAAAUUCUCCCAUUAAAGCAGAUCUCUUGCUAUGAAAAAGACUGUAGGACCUUGGUGAAGUGUGAGAGGUACAGACACACCUGUCCGCAGGUGGGGGAGUUUACGGAGAAAGGUGGAGGUAGGGCGACUGCCUAAUUUCACUCCCUCCCUUUGAUGUCUGUGGCCCUGCCAGGUAGACGGAUUCAAGGUGGGAGCAGCAGGAAGGGGAGAGGGUCAAGAACCCCCCUGUGUCGUCCCACCUCUGCCUGCAUCACGGAGAUGAAAUGCGUUCCAGAGACUGAGAGUCGGACCAAUGUGGAGGAGAAGGAGGGGGUUCCCCUCUACAUCCAAACGCUGAACAGGAUUUUUGGCCAUAAAAAUGCAGAAGCUUUCCUCCAUCCACUCAGCAAAGAGGAUAUGAUAGUCCCAAAAGCUCAAGAAAUCUACAAGAAGGCCAAAGGUUUGAGGUCCGAAGAGGUGUGGAAGCUCUUGAGAGACGAGUCUGAAUCAAAGCUGAUGGCAAUGGAUUCCUCAAACCCACCUCCUUCAGUCGUACGGCUGUGCAACGAGACCCUAACACGCAAACGGCUGCAGGAGGUCCAGAAGAGGGCUGACCGUCGUAAAAGCUGCCUGGCGCUCAUGUACCAGACCGCGCAGGCCAACCUGCGCCAAACAGCCCGGCUCCUGGCACGCAACCCCCUCCCAGACUACAGCUGCCUCCUGAGCGGAGACAGCCCCAGGAAAUAUUUCACACGCGACACACUCGUCAAGCUGGCAGUGAGCCCUGCCCUCUGUGAAAUCCUGUAGCUUUAGGAGUCAUGCCGAAUUAGCUGUAAAACUAGCAAACAUGGGAGUGGAGGUCAGAGUAGUGGUAACUGCAGGAAAAGCGGGAGGUGAACUGGUGGCAAACGGACCAAAAACAUUUUCGCUGUAACUGCAGACAAUUCAAAGUAAGUCAACUUUACCGUUUAGGUACCUUAAAUUUCAGUAUUUUUUGCUAUGAUCUCUCUCAGAAGUAGGACUUCGUGCACAGCUGCCUUCAACAAAUCUCCCACCAAAACCUCCGGGACAUUGGCCAGCAAAGACCGCAUUGUGUAUCAGGUGCCAGGGAAAAAUAUACAUUCUGAGUGGUUUUAAAGACUAAAGCAGAUCAGCAGUCUUCUGGUAAGCGUUCAUGGUACCAUUAGAGCAUUUAGGGUGAAUACAAAGAAAUAUUCUAGAACUCUGGUGCCCAUUAUCUUUCUGCUUAACAAAGACCGAGCAGGUCAAUGGUUCUGCAAAGGACUGCAUUCUUUUCCAUAGUGUAGCUCAUCUGGCUGCUUCUCACAGUGCAUUGUACCAUAGAACCCGGACACCUCCAACGCUUCAGCUGAGUUUGUGUUUACUGCUGUGGAUUUUCAGUAUUCAGGUUUUAAGAUUUAAAUGGCCCCUCUUCAUCCUCUCUGUGAUCCCUAUGGACAGCCCGUGGGGAUGAAAGGUCUGGGCAGUGGAUCCUGGGAGUCCCUCGACCUCUCCACCCUGCCGGGGACUGUGGCUCUGGUUAGCACACACAGGUGGACUUCUCUGUGAGAGGCAGCCAAGAACUGCUCCCCUCAAUCCCAGAGUCCCCACUUCCCUUCAACCAC